ACCCAGGUGAGCAACCUGCAGCAUACCUGGACAGGGCUAAGACCACAUGGAGAUCGGUCCACGAAGAACCAUUCGAUCACACUGAUACCACACUCAGCAUGUGGAAGGAAAUGGUGGUCAACGGGUGUCCUGGAGAUGUUAAAACCAAACUCAGAGGAACGGUAGGGUUGAUUGCACUUCCUCUGACCCAAUUCAAUACGCAUGUGCACCACCAUGUGACCCAGCACAACAAGGAAAGAGGGGGUGCUGAGAGCCAGGUGCAGUCCCUCCAGGUACAACUCCUGAAACUCCAAUUGAAGGAAGCACAACAAGGAGAAAAACCUAAGAAACAGAUGGUGGCGGAAGAAACGAAGGAGACAGGCACCAAAACAGACAUCUCUCAAAUAGUGGCCCAGACUAUCUCCCAGAUGAUUCAACAGCAGGCCGGUCCUCAACCAGCCAACCCGGGGCCUACUCCAGUGGGGCAACCUGGAGUUACUCAGCCUUGGUAUCCCCCGCAACCACAACUUGCAUACCAGCCGCAAUGGAUACCAGGCCAUCCAAGAGGAGGGGUUUGUUUCAACUGUAGAACUCCAGGGCACUACUCACGAGAGUGUCCAUACCCACUCACACCACAACAACGCCAGUGGAACUCUACGAGAGGUCCAUAUGGGAAGGAAAGGGGUGGAAAUAGACCUCAACCGUACGAACAUCAGCAACCAGGACCCACACCCAUGCAUCAGCAACCCGCAUACAACCAACCGCAGUUCCAGGGAAUGACUGGGAACACCAUCCCCUGGCCAUAAAAAUGCCCACCACCCACGGCAGAAGAAGGAAACAGCAACUCCCAGACGGUUCACAUGUCACCCUUCAAUCAGCCAUCAUCCCUCAACCAGCAUCGGCCAAAUUAGCUGAAAUCAUCGGAUUGAC